CAGUCUUCUACGGCUCCUACUGGACACAGCUUUGGCUCUGAGUACUGUUUGUUAGUUCUUACUACAUCUGAGGAAAUCAAGAGAUCACAAUGGAUGAUGUGCUCAUGGCAGAGUUUGGAAAAGCAGCUCCCUUCCUAAGGAAGUCAGAGAAAGAACGACUUGAAGCUCAGACGAGACCCUUUGACAUCAAAACUGAAUGUUUUGUGGUGGACGAAAAAGUGGAGUAUAUCAAAGGGCAAAUUAUGAGCAAGGAUGGAGGAAAGGUGACUGUGAAAACAGAAGGUGGGAGGACUGUUACUGUGAAGGAGGCAGAUGUCCAUCCCCAGAACCCGCCUAAAUUUGAUAAAAUUGAAGAUAUGGCAAUGUUCACUUUUCUCCAUGAGCCUGCAGUGCUGUUUAACCUCAAAGAGCGUUAUGCAGCCUGGAUGAUUUAUACAUACUCAGGGCUGUUUUGUGUAACAGUGAACCCAUACAAAUGGCUGCCUGUGUAUGCUGAAGAGGUUGUUGCUGCUUACAGAGGUAAGAAAAGAUCAGAAGCUCCUCCUCACAUCUUCUCUAUCUCAGAUAAUGCUUAUCAAUACAUGCUUACUGACAGAGAAAACCAGUCCAUCCUCAUCACUGGAGAAUCUGGUGCAGGGAAGACUGUUAACACCAAGAGAGUAAUCCAAUAUUUUGCGAGUAUUGCAGCUGCUGGUGGUGGAAGUGCUAGCAAGAAGGACUCCAACAAGGGCACCCUGGAGGAUCAAAUCAUCCAAGCUAAUCCUGCACUGGAAGCUUUUGGCAAUGCAAAAACUGUGAGAAAUGACAACUCCUCACGCUUUGGAAAGUUCAUCCGUAUACAUUUUGGUACAAGUGGCAAACUUUCUUCAGCUGAUAUUGAGACCUACCUGUUGGAAAAGUCACGUGUCACCUUUCAGCUAAAAUCAGAAAGGAACUACCAUAUAUUUUUCCAGAUAUUGUCCAAUGCAAAGCCUGAACUGUUGGACAUGCUUUUGAUUACAAACAAUCCUUAUGACUACUCUUUCAUCUCCCAAGGAGAGGUAACUGUUGCAUCUAUUAAUGAUAGUGAGGAACUGAUGGCCACUGACAAUGCAUUUGAUGUGCUUGGAUUUACCCCAGAUGAGAAAAUGGGAGUGUACAAACUGACUGGUGCCAUCAUGCACUAUGGUAACAUGAAGUUCAAGCAAAAGCAGCGUGAGGAGCAGGCAGAACCCGAUGGUACAGAAGCUGCUGACAAAUCAGCCUACCUAAUGGGCCUGAACUCUGCUGAUCUACUGAAAGGACUCUGUCAUCCAAGGGUCAAGGUAGGUAAUGAAUAUGUCACAAAAGGCCAAGGUGUGGAUCAGGUGUACUACUCAACUGGUGCAUUGGCAAAGUCAGUGUAUGAGAAGAUGUUCAGUUGGAUGGUAGCAAGAAUCAACCAGUCCCUUGACACAAAGCAACAUCGACAAUAUUUUAUUGGAGUUCUAGAUAUUGCUGGAUUUGAGAUCUUUGAUUUCAAUACAUUUGAACAGCUCUGCAUUAACUUCACUAAUGAAAAACUGCAACAGUUUUUCAAUCACCACAUGUUUGUCUUGGAGCAAGAGGAGUAUAAAAAAGAAGGAAUAGACUGGGAGUUCAUUGAUUUUGGAAUGGACUUGCAAGCCUGCAUUGACUUGAUUGAGAAGCCCCUUGGGAUAAUGUCUAUUCUAGAGGAAGAGUGCAUGUUUCCAAAGGCAAGUGACCAGACCUUCAAAGCAAAGCUUUAUGAUAAUCAUUUGGGCAAGUCCAGCAUGUUUCAGAAGCCACGUGCUGUCAAGGGCAAAGCAGAGGCAAACUUUGCAUUGGUUCACUAUGCUGGCAUUGUUGAUUACAAUAUUACAGGCUGGCUUGUGAAGAAUAAAGAUCCACUGAAUGAAACAGUAGUUGGGUUAUAUCAAAAAUCCUCUCUGAAGCUUCUAAGUCACCUCUUCUCAAGCUAUGCAGGAGCAGAAUCAGCAGAAAAGUCAGGUGGGAAAGGAUCCAAAAAGAAGGGCUCAUCCUUUCAGACUGUGUCUGCCUUACACAGAGAAAAUCUUAACAAACUGAUGACAAAUCUUAGAACCACUCAUCCACACUUUGUGCGCUGUUUGAUUCCAAAUGAGAACAAGACUCCUGGAGUCAUGGACAAUUGCCUUGUAAUGCACCAGCUUCGCUGUAAUGGAGUUCUGGAGGGUAUCAGAAUUUGCAGAAAAGGUUUUCCAAACAGGGUACUCUAUGGGGAUUUCAAACAGAGAUACAGAAUUCUGAAUGCAUCUGCAAUCCCAGAAGGCCAGUUUAUUGAAAACAAGAAGAGCGCUGAGAAGCUACUGGGCUCACUUGACAUUGAUCAUACACAGUACAAGUUUGGCCACACAAAAGUCUUUUUCAAAGCAGGUCUGCUAGGUACACUGGAGGAGAUGCGGGAUGAACAACUUGCCCGCAUCAUUACAAGGAUACAAGCCAAUGCUCGAGCUCUUCUGAUGAGGGAAGUAUAUCAGAAGCUUGUAGAACGCAGGGAUGCCCUAAUGGUCAUUCAGUGGAACCUUCGCUCCUUCCUAAGUGUUAAAAACUGGCCUUGGAUGAAAAUGUUCUUUAAGAUAAAGCCUCUGUUAAAGAGUGCUGAAGCUGAAAAAGAGAUGGCAAACAUGAAGGAUGAAUUCAAUAAAUUAAAAGAGGCCCUGGACAAAUCUGAAGGUCGAAGGAAAGAGCUAGAGGAGAAAAUGGUCACACUUCUUCAAGAAAAAAAUGAUUUACUUCUCCAGCUGCAAUCAGAGCAAGAUACACUAACAGAUGCCGAGGAACGCUGUGAACAGUUGAUCAAAAGCAAAAUUCAACUGGAGGCUAAAGUAAAAGAACUGACUGAGCGGAUUGAAGACGAGGAAGAAAUAAAUGCAGACCUCGCAGCCAAAAAGCGCAAGUUAGAAGAUGAAUGUUCUGAACUUAAGAAAGAUAUAGAUGACCUUGAGCUGACUCUUGCUAAGGUUGAGAAAGAGAAGCAUGCCACUGAGAACAAAGUGAAAAACCUCACUGAGGAAAUGGCCUCCCAGGAUGACAUCAUAAUGAAACUCACCAAAGAGAAAAAAGCUCUACAGGAAGCGCAUCAGCAGACACUGGAUGAUCUUCAGAGUGAGGAGGACAAAGCAAAUACUUUGUUAAAGGCUAAAGUUAAGCUUGAGCAGCAGGUGGAUGACCUUGAGGGCUCUCUAGAACAAGAAAAAAAAGUUAGAAUGGAUCUAGAACGAGCUAAGAGAAAACUGGAGGGAGAUCUGAAAUUGAUUCAAGAAAAUGUAAUGGAUUUAGAAAAUGAUAAACAGCAACAAGAGGAGAAACUGAAAAAAAAAGACUUUGAAAUAUGUCAUCUGAAUAGAAAGAUUGAGGAUGAGCAGAUGGCUGUAGUGCAACUUCAAAAAAAAUUAAAAGAAAACCAAGCUCGUAUUGAAGAACUGGAGGAAGAAUUAGAUGCUGAGCGUGCAGCCCGAGCGAAGGUGGAGAAACAGCGGUCUGAUCUGUCUCGAGAACUAGAAGACAUCAGUGAACGCCUUGAGGAGGCAGGUGGAGCUACAUCUGUUCAAGUAGAGCUCAACAAAAAAAGGGAGACUGAGUUUCAGAAGUUACGUAGGGAUCUUGAGGAAUCUACACUUCAACAUGAGGCCACUUCUGCAGCUCUUAAAAAAAAGCAUGCUGAUAGUGUGGCUGAGCUUGGGGAACAAAUUGACAAUCUGCAGAGAGUGAAGCAAAAGUUAGAGAAAGAGAAGACAGAACUGAAGUUAGAGCUGGAUGAUCUGGCCUCAACCAUGGAGAGUAUUGUGAAAGCAAAGGUGAAUCUUGAAAAGAUGUGUCGUUCACAUGAGGAUCAGAUGAAUGAGCAUAAGUCCAAGGCUGAAGAGGCCCAGAGGGCUCUAAAUGAUUUCUCAAUCCAAAGAGCCAAGCUGCUCACUGAAAAUGGGGAGCUUGGACGGCAACUUGAGGAGAAAGAAUGCCUGAUAUCACAACUUACAAGAGGAAAAAGCUCCUAUACCCAACAACUAGAGGACCUGAGAAGGCAACUUGAAGAGGAAGUGAAAGCAAAGAAUGCCCUUGCUCAUGCUGUGCAGUCUUCCCGUCAUGAUUGUGACUUGCUGAGGGAGCAAUUUGAAGAGGAGCAGGAGGCUAAAGCAGAGCUCCAGAGGGCACUAUCCAAGGCAAAUACUGAAGUUGCAACUUGGAGGACUAAGUAUGAAACUGAUGGCAUUCAGAGGACAGAGGAACUAGAAGAGGCCAAAAAAAAACUUGUCCAAAGGCUACAAGAGGCAGAGGAGGCAGUAGAAGCAGUUAAUGCAAAGUGUUCAUCACUUGAAAAAACUAAGCAUCGUCUACAAAAUGAGAUUGAAGAUCUUAUGCUAGACCUUGAACGCUCAAAUGCAGCAUCUGCUGUUCUAGAUAAGAAACAGCGGGCUUUCGACAAGGUCCUGGCAGAGUGGAAGCAAAAGUUUGAGGAGUCACAGUGUGAACUGGAGGCAUCUCAAAAAGAAGCACGAAACCUAAGUACUGAGCUUUUCAAACUGAAAAAUGCUUAUGAGGAAUGUCUUGAUCAUCUUGAAACAAUCAAAAGAGAGAACAAAAAUCUCCAAGAAGAAAUAUCAGACUUAACAGAUCAGCUUGGUGAAGGAGGUAAGAGCGUUCAUGAGCUGGAGAAACUAAGGAAACAACUGGAACAAGAGAAAGCAGAACUGCAAUCUGCACUGGAGGAGGCUGAGGCCUCUCUAGAGCAUGAGGAAGGCAAGAUCCUACGAGCUCAACUUGAGUUUAAUCAGGUGAAGGCUGAUCUUGAAAGAAAGCUGGCAGAGAAGGAUGAGGAAAUGGAACAGGCAAAGAGGAACUACCAACGAAUGGUGGAAACCCUACAGACCUCUCUUGAAGCAGAAACACGAAGCCGUAAUGAAGCUUUAAGAGUCAAGAAAAAAAUGGAAGGAGACCUCAAUGAGAUGGAAAUCCAGCUAAGUCAAGCCAACAGACAAGCAGCUGAUGCACAGAAACAACUGAAGAUGGUCCAGUCAUAUUUGAAGGACUCUCAGCUUCAACUGGAUGACUCUCUUCAUUCUAAUGAAGAUCUCAAAGAGAAUAUUUCCCUUCUAGAACGCAGAAACAACCUCAUUCAAGCAGAACUGGAGGAGCUGAGGGCAGUAUUGGAACAAACUGAGAGAGGACGCAAGCUAGCUGAGCAAGAGCUUAUAGAUGUAACAGAGAGGAUGCAGCUACUCCACUCCCAAAACACUAGCCUCAUUAACCAAAAGAAGAAGCAAGAGUCUGAUUUGCUACAGCUUCAGAAUGAGAUGGAAGAGGUGGUACAAGAGAACCGCAAUGCUGAGGAGAAAGCCAAAAAAGCCAUAACUGAUGCAGCUAUGAUGGCUGAAGAGUUGAAGAAAGAGCAAGACACCAGUGCUCAUCUUGAAAGAAUGAAGAAGAACAUGGAGCAGACAAUUAAAGACUUGCAGCACCGUCUCGAUGAGGCAGAACAAAUAGCUAUGAAGGGUGGGAAGAAACAACUCCAAAAACUGGAGGUACGCAUUCGUGAACUCGAGAAUGAAUUGGAAGCAGAGCAAAAACGGGGUGCCGAGUGUAUAAAAGGAGUUCGCAAGUAUGAGCGCCGCAUUAAGGAACUCACCUAUCAAACUGAAGAAGAUCGCAAGAAUAUGGCAAGACUACAGGACUUGGUAGACAAACUACAGCUAAAAGUGAAGUCCUACAAGCAUUCUGCUGAAGAAGCAGAAGAGCAAGCAAAUUGUAAUCUGGCCAAGUUACGAAAACUGCAGCAUGAACUGGAAGAGGCAGAAGAGCGUGCAGAUAUUGCAGAAUCCCAGGUGAACAAGCUCCGUGCCAAAACUAGAGAUGGGGUUCCAGGUAAAAAAUCACAGGAUGAGUAAACAUCACAACUGUUGGACAAAAAUCAAAUUACAAUUUGUUUCUUUGUUUCCACAAGUUUAAUUAGGGCAAAUUAACAGUGCAGUAAGGCAUUAAUAUUACAUAUAAUUAUAAUAUUAUAAUUAUUAUAUGAUUAAGAACAUUAGUAUAGUCUAGAAAAUAGUUUUGUGUUAUGAGAAACAAAGUAUUUAUGUUAAAGCCUCCAUAGUUUGGAUCAUAAUAUUCAAGCAUUUAAUUACUUUCAUUAUUUUUCACAAUUUGAUCUUCUGAGAAAAAGUGCUUCUGAUAACUUGUUCUCAAAGUCUUUUCUGUAGAAAUAAAACACACAAUUGCA